AUGAGGAGAGCGGGAGUGAGGGUUUUAGGAGAUUCUAAUGGUGGAGAUGAUGAAGAGGAUAAUGACGCUGAUGGUUGGAUCAUUUUCAUCAGGAUGCGCUUGGAUGUUGGGCUACGCUCUGUGGUCUGGUUGUUAUGCGGUUGGAGUAUUUGGAUGGGGGUGCCUUGGUCUAGGACACAAGAGGAUGUUGUUGGCGAAGGGGCUGUUAGAGUUUCUGAUUGGAUUGAGGAUUUUCCUAUAGAGUUGGCCCAAUCUUCUUUAGAGGUGAAGGUGGAUGGUGUUGGAGAUGACCUAUCUUCUAUUGAGGUGAAGGUGGAUGCUGCAGUUGAGACUGAGAAAUGUUGUUGGGAAGCUGAUGAUGUGUUGUCUCUUGACUGUUUGGGAGCAAAGACUGAUCUUCAUACUGGUUUCCUUCCUUAUUCUCCUAUUGAGGUGGAGAGGAUGAGGAAAGAGAUGGAAUUUAAUGGAGCUUCAUUGAUUACAAUUUUAGUGGUACUCAGUAGUGUUGGCGCAAUCUACGCAUCUAAUCCUGAUAUUCUCACUGAUUUCAUUGUUCCGGCUGGGCAGAACCCACUUAAUUUGACUGGCAGUUUCUUCACUUCCACGGGAUUUCGAGAUGUGCUAAAAAGCAAUUUAACAGGGCAGACAGCAGUAAAAGUGAUGAAGGCAUUGAGGGCAGAGUUUCCGGCGCUAAAUGGGUUGGUCGUGUCAAUGGCGGUGCUGCAGUUCCCGGCGGGCGGACUGAACCCUCCUCACACUCACCCCCAUGCUUCAAAACUUCUAUUUCUUGUGGAUGGAUCUCUCCUCGUUGGAGUUGUAGACACCACGAGAAAGCUGUUCACGCAAACCCUCACUAAAGGGGAUUUAUUUGUGUUUCCAAAAGGACUCCUCCAUUACCAACUGAACACGGAUGCUGACAACGAGGCCUUGGCUAUUUUUGCAUUUGGAAGCGCCAAUGCAGGGACUGUGUUAGUCCCUUCUACUCUCUUCACAACCGGUAUCCCCAACGAUGUUCUGGCCAAAUCAUUUAGGACAAACACACAGACUAUCGAGCUGCUCAAGGGUGGCCUUAAAAGUACCUGA